GAUCGAGUACGGAACAAAACAAGAAAAACUAAAAUAUUUAUAUUUUUUUUGAUGAUUUCGGUUACAAAUUGAGAAAACAACAACCCGCAGCAACAGAAACAACAAAUAAUAACAACAAAAAUCACAUCAAAUUAAAAUAUUCUGAAACAACUAAAAAUAAACUAAAGAAAAAAAGUCUAGAGAUUUCGAAAAAAGAAUAAGAAAUAAAUCAAUUUUGAAAAAAUAAACAGUGUUUAAAUUAAAAACAAAUUAGCAACAUACAUCUUAAUCAGCAGCAAUUGUGUGCAAAAAUCUAAUCGUUCAAGAUCAAUCUCAGCCUUCAAUCUGAUUCCGAUUGUUGUUUUUUUUAUAAAGGUUUAAGAGAACGUCUGGCGCUGUGGAGCUGCAAAGGGAUAAAGUACUUGAAUUCCUGCGCAUUUUAGCAUUUGUUUUAAUGUUCUUGAUCAUUUCAUUGUAUCUGUAUCGUUUUGCCUUUUAAAUACUUGAGCGCACUCCACUCCCCUUCUCCAAAAAAAAAACAAAUUUCUUCUACUACUUCUAUUUUCUACGACUUUAACAUUCAAACUCUUGUGUGCCAUAGCCAAAUCAGUGCAUUAAAGGUUCAUUUUUAUUUUUAAAAAUGGCUAAAGUUCCUGCCGUUGGUAUUGAUCUUGGUACUACAUACUCAUGUGUGGGUGUCUUUCAACAUGGCAAAGUUGAGAUCAUUGCCAAUGAUCAAGGUAAUCGUGUAACACCCUCGUAUGUGGCCUUCACCGACACUGAACGUCUAAUUGGUGAUGCUGCUAAAAAUCAAGUUGCCAUGAAUCCCAAUAAUACCAUUUUUGAUGCGAAACGCUUGAUUGGCCGAAAGUUUGAGGAUGCCACCGUGCAGGGUGAUAUGAAGCAUUGGCCUUUCGAGGUGGUAAGUGAUGGCGGCAAGCCCAAGAUUCGCGUGGAGUACAAGGGAGAAAAGAAAACUUUUUUCCCCGAAGAGGUAUCGUCUAUGGUCUUGACGAAAAUGAAAGAAACUGCCGAGGCAUAUUUGGGUAGAACUGUUACUGAUGCAGUUGUCACUGUGCCAGCCUACUUCAAUGACUCCCAAAGACAGGCCACUAAAGAUGCUGGAGCUAUAGCCGGUCUAAAUGUUUUGCGUAUUAUCAAUGAACCUACAGCAGCCGCCAUAGCCUAUGGUCUAGAUAAGAAAGGCACCAGUGAGAGAAAUGUGUUGAUUUUUGAUUUGGGUGGCGGUACUUUUGAUGUCUCCAUCUUGACUAUUGAAGAUGGCAUAUUUGAAGUAAAGUCUACGGCUGGUGAUACCCAUUUGGGUGGUGAAGAUUUUGACAAUCGCAUGGUAAAUCAUUUUGUGCAAGAGUUUCAACGCAAACAUAAAAAGGAUUUGACCACCAACAAGAGAGCCUUGAGACGUUUGCGCACAGCUUGCGAGAAAGCCAAACGUACACUCUCUGCAUCUUCGCAGGCCAGCAUUGAAAUAGAUUCCCUAUUUGAUGGCAUUGAUUUUUAUACCUCCAUUACUAGGGCCCGUUUCGAAGAGUUGAAUGGCGAUUUGUUCAGAGGUACCAUGGAACCGGUAGCUAAGGCUUUGCGUGAUGCCAAAAUGGAUAAGGGUCAGAUACAUGAUAUAGUUUUGGUGGGUGGUUCUACUCGCAUACCCAAAGUUCAAAAGCUAUUGCAAGACUUCUUCAAUGGCAAAGAGUUGAACAAGUCUAUUAAUCCAGACGAGGCUGUAGCUUAUGGCGCCGCAGUCCAGGCUGCCAUUUUGCAUGGUGACAAGUCGGAGGCUGUACAAGAUCUUUUACUUUUGGAUGUUACUCCCCUAUCAUUGGGCAUAGAGACGGCCGGUGGUGUCAUGACAGUGCUUAUCAAGCGCAACACCACCAUACCCACCAAACAAACCCAAGUGUUUACCACUUAUUCCGACAAUCAACCGGGUGUAUUGAUACAGGUUUUUGAAGGCGAAAGAGCCAUGACUAAGGACAACAAUUUAUUGGGUAAGUUUGAAUUGAGUGGCAUACCACCAGCUCCCCGGGGUGUUCCUCAAAUUGAGGUUACUUUCGAUAUUGAUGCCAAUGGCAUUUUAAAUGUAACGGCUGUGGAAAAAUCCACCGGCAAGGAGAACAAAAUCACCAUCACCAAUGACAAGGGUCGUUUGGGCAAAGAAGACAUUGAGCGUAUGGUCAAUGAAGCUGAGGCCUAUCGCAAUGAAGAUGAGAAACAGCGGGAACGCAUUAAUGCCAAAAAUGCAUUGGAGUCGUAUUGUUUCCAAAUGAAAUCCACCAUCGACGAUGACAAUAUAAAAUCGAAGGUAUCGGAAAGUGAUCGUAAAUUGAUCAUGGAUAAGUGUAAUGAGACCAUUUCGUGGUUGGACAGCAAUCAGCAAGCCGAAAAGGAUGAGUUUGAAUAUAAACAAAAAGAAUUGCAAAAUAUUUGCAAUCCCAUUAUCACUAGACUCUAUCAAGGUGCUGCUCCACCACCAGGUGGCAUGUCUGGUGCUGGUGGUCCAGGUGCCUCUGCUGGCGGACCUACUAUUGAGGAGGUGGAUUAAACAUAUAGCAGAUACGGUGUAAUUUGUUAUUUUUUGAUGGUUGGUUAAAUUACCUCUAAUUUGUAUAUUUUAUGGAGAAGCUUUGCUGAUAUUUUUAACGUAUUCAAUUAGUGUAUAGUAUAAGUUUUAAUUUCAUUAAUAAA